CCUCUCCUUUGUCAUUCUAGCUGCCUGCUGCCUCCGCGGCGUCCCUCUUGCUCCCUCUGUGUUAACUGCUUGCGCCGUAGACAGACAGAGUGCGCAAAACAGAAGGAUUAGUUGGGACCUGCCUUGGUGACCCAUGGCAUCCCCCAGAACCAUAACUGUCGUGGCCCUUUCGGUGGCCCUGGGACUCUUCUUUGUUUUCAUGGGGACUAUCAAGUUGACCCCCAGGCUCAGCAAGGAUGCCUACACUGAGAUGAAACGUGCCUACAAGAGCUAUGUUCGCGCGCUCCCGCUGCUGAAGAAGUUGGGGAUCAAUUCCAUUCUCCUCCGCAAAAGCAUUGGUGCUCUGGAGGUGGCCUGCGGCAUCGUCAUGACCCUUGUGCCUGGACGCCCCAAAGAUGUGGCCAACUUCUUCCUCCUCUUGCUGGUGUUGGCCGUGCUCUUCUUCCACCAGCUGGUGGGUGAUCCUCUCAAACGCUAUGCCCAUGCCCUGGUGUUCGGAAUCCUGCUCACCUGCCGCCUGCUGAUUGCCCGAAAACCGGAAGACCGGUCUUCUGAGAAGAAGCCCUCGCCCAGGAAUCUGGGGAAAGCAGGAAGUGCUGAGGAGCAGCCCUCCUUAUACGAGAAGGCCCCUCAGGGCAAAAUGAAGUUGUCCUAGGAAAGCAGACGUGCAAAAAGUGGACCUUCCAGCCAGUUGCCUCCAUGAUACCCAGGAAGAUGUCAGUGUGUGUUUUUCAUUUGAUUUAUUUAUCUUGAGGGAAAGAGAAAAAUGUAAGCUGCAAGUUCAUGGCCCUUUGGCUUGUGUCCGCCUAUACCCUAAAAUGACCUCCUCACGUAGACAUGUGUGCACCACCUUUAAUCACUCUGGACCAAUUCUCACAUCUUGCUGCAUGUACAUGUAUACGGCUAACUAUUGAAGUGUUUUUUUGUGAGAUGGACUCCAGCAAGCAUGUGACUGUGAGAUUACGUACGUGUGAGAAAAUGUAUUUAUUGUGUGUGUGCUCGCGCACAUGCACACAGAUAUGCACGUGCGGAGGAGAAAGCUCUGAUCUUGAACUAAUCCUACAUAGGUACCCUUCCCUUUGUAGAUGGUUGCUAGUGAAGGCAGAAUACAAUAAACCUCCUAUAAAGAGAAUCCUACUCCUGGUAUAAAUACGGGAUACAGUCCCAUGAGGUAGGGGGGAAUCCUUCAAGAAAUUAAGCUGAAAACCACUUUAGGAAAAAGUUCCUUCAAUUUGAGACACUGACUUAUCUGGGAAAUGAAUUAGCCUCUACUUUGACCGUUGUUUCAAUUUUAAAUACUCCACAGUGAGUUUAACUGAAGCAAGGGAUAUAUGAAACCAAUAAUUAAGUAUUCAAGUGAUUAAAUUAAAAGGUAUCACCUUGCCACUGUCCAGGCCCAAUUUACUAAGCUCUUUUACUCACAGUUUGAAACUGAAGUAUAAAUUUGUUACCAGGCAUCUCUUUUGGAUUUUCUUCAGCCAAAAGCUGCCUCACUUCCACCGCUCUCAGCAGCUAACCAGGAUUUGGCAGCUGCUCCACUGUUACCAUUGGAGGGAGCAGGGAUUAGUCCUGUUAAAAGUCUGUGAAUCUCAAAAGCUAGCUGUUCUCUUAAGUCAUCUGAAAUUUGACAGAGGAGCUGUAUCCAGUGUUUCUCAGCCAAACAGAUUCACUACUCCUAUUGAAUCUUCACUGAACUUUGCUAGUGUAAGCUGAUCCAGGUUACACGCCCCCCCAAGGGGUUUCUCCUCUAUACCUCUUUAUCAUCCCGUUGGGUGGAGUUUAGUUUAGGAGGGGGAAGGACUCUUGAAAUGGGUUAGUUGGAUUGGGCAGUAUGAGAAUUUGCUUUCUUCAUUGCAUACUGCUGUUUCUCCUUGUUAGAUGUGCUUUGAUGGUUUUAAUAUUAUUGUGCCAGGGAUGG